UCAAAUCUCUCAUUUUUAAAUAUAAAUAUUAAAACGAAUCUGACUAAAGCACAUACGAUUCUUACAUCAAAUCAUUAAAAAAGUACGAAAUGAACAAGAUAUGUAGAAUUUGCUUAGAAGAAGGCGUUUUAUCGUCAAUUUUUGCAAAAAAUUAUGCGGUAUCGCUAUGUGUAAUGAUACAAUUCACAACAAAAGUUAAGAUAAGAAGUAACGAUGGUCUACCAGAACAGAUUUGUAGCAACUGUGUUUAUAAAUUAGGAGUAGCCUAUCAUUUUAAGCAAUCUUGCGAGAGCGCAGAUACACGACUUCGUCAAUAUUUAGGCUUACAUACACCAAAUAGAACCAAAGACGCGAUGGUUAUGACUGAUGCUAUGGUUGUAACUCAACGGACUGUAAUUAAAAAUUGUAAAUGUAAAAUUGUAGAACAGAAAAAAAGUUCAUCGAAUUAUAAAAAGAAAGCUGAAUCUGAGAAAUUAAAAAGAGGACCCAAACCAAAACCGAAACAGGAACACACUUGUUAUCAAUGUGAUAAACAGUUUAAAUGCAAGGCACAAUUGGAAAUGCACAUAAGGACACACACGGGAGAUAAGCCAUUUACUUGUAUGUUUUGUCCACGCAAAUUCACUCAAAAACAUAACCUGACAAUACAUCUUCGUAUGCAUACUGGAGAGAAGCCGUUUCAAUGUGAUGUAUGCAGUAAAACAUUUUCUGCUCAAGGGAAUCUACAGGCGCAUUUAAAAAUACACACUGGACAAAAAGACCAUGUUUGUUCAUUAUGUAAAAAAUCUUUUAUAACGUCAAGUGAGCUUACAAGGCACAUGUUUAAACAUAGAGGAGUAAAAAACUUCAAGUGUGAUAUAUGUGGUGCUGCUUAUGUGCACAAUAGAGACCUGAAAUUGCACCAGUUGAGGAAACAUGAAAUAUCUGAAAAAAACAAGACUCAAAAUGAAUAUAAUAAUAGCAACAAUAUAGAUAUAAUUGGUAUAGAUGAAAAAAAAAGUAUGUCACAACCUGUUAGGCACGAUGUUACAGAUAACAAAAUCCCAAUUAAUAUUAUAUCUGGCAACCAUACACUUUUAUCAUAUGAGAAUAAAAUUAAAGAGGGUCAUCAAUAUGCGAGUAACUUAUCAGUUAAUGAUCCUUUGCAUUGUACAAUUUGUGGAGAGAGCUUUCAGUUUAUGGCACCUUUAGCUCAGCAUUAUCUUAAUCAUCACUCAAAAGUAUAAAUAAUAUGCAGACAAACAGUCAAUCAGGAAUUUCUAAAUAAAAAGUUAUGACUAUAAUUAAGUCCUGCUUUCUUUGUUAAACAAACUUUAUAAUACUGUGAACUUGAGGCUAUAUAUCAAACUACCUGUCCUUUCAUCCAUCUUGAACAGCAUGGCUUUAAUAGUAUUACAACCUAAUGCAUCAAUAUGCUGCAUUUAGGAGCAACUAAGCUAUUCUACACUGCAUCAUCUGCUUCCAAAGUAACUGCUCUUCCCUGCUGGUGAUGAUGAUGUAUAGUCUAGAAACUUUUUUGUAUAAAUGAACAAUAUAACAUAAUGCAAUAACAUUAUCAAAUUGGACUGAUGGAGAUAGAGAAUAGUUUCAAACAAAUAAAUUUGAGUUUAAACACAUUA